CUCUUACUUACACUACUUCUCACCUCCUUCUUUCAUUUUCUCUAUAGAAAGCCUGUCCAACAUGACAAACACACCUUUCUCUUUGGUUUUAUUGUUCUUCUCUUUUUUCAUGCCUACCCUCAUUUCCUCUUCACUUGUUCAAAAUCCUGAAUUGGUAGUCCAAGAGGUAAACAGGAAAAUCAAUGCCUCUUCAGCUAGGAGGAAUUUAGGUUACCUAUCCUGUGGGAGUGGAAACCCAAUAGAUGAUUGCUGGAGGUGUGACUCCAAUUGGGAAAAGAAUAGGCAAAGGCUAGCAGAUUGUGCAAUUGGGUUCGGCAAGAAUGCCAUUGGUGGAAAGAACGGUAAGAUUUACGUUGUAACCGAUGCGAGCGAUGACAAUCCGGUGACCCCAAAGCCUGGAACACUCCGCCACGCCGUGAUCCAAGUGGAACCGUUAUGGAUAAUUUUUGCCAGAGACAUGGUGAUCAAAUUAAAAGAAGAGUUAAUAAUGAACUCUUUCAAAACAAUUGAUGGUAGAGGAGCUAGUGUGCACAUUGCUGGUGGUCCAUGCAUUACUAUACAAUAUGUCACAAACAUUAUUAUCCAUGGGAUACAUAUACAUGAUUGUAAACAAGGUGGGAAUGCUAUGGUGAGGGACUCCCCACGACAUUUCGGGUGGAGGACUAUAUCGGACGGUGAUGGAGUGUCUAUCUUUGGUGGAAGUCAUGUUUGGGUUGAUCAUUGUUCUUUGUCUAAUUGUGAAGAUGGUUUGAUUGAUGCUAUUUAUGGUUCUACCGCUAUAACGAUCUCUAACAAUUACAUGACACACCAUGAUAAGGUCAUGUUGUUAGGUCAUAGCGACUCUUAUACUCAUGAUAAGAACAUGCAAGUCACAAUUGCUUUUAACCACUUUGGUGAAGGACUCGUUCAAAGAAUGCCAAGGUGUAGGCUUGGAUAUUUCCAUGUGGUGAACAAUGACUACACUCACUGGGAAAUGUAUGCUAUUGGAGGAAGUGCAAAUCCAACCAUUAACAGUCAAGGAAACAGAUUUGUUGCACCUAAUAACAGAUUCAGCAAAGAGGUGACAAAGUAUGAAGAUGCAGCAGAGAGUGAAUGGAAGCAUUGGAAUUGGAGGUCAGAAGGAGACUUAAUGGUAAAUGGUGCAUUUUUCACUAAAUCAGGUGGUGGAGCAUCAUCUAGCUAUGCAAGAGCUUCAAGCUUAAGUGCAAGACCAUCUUCUAUUGUUGGUUCCAUUACAAUUGGUGCUGGAACACUUAAUUGUAAGAAAGGUUCUCCUUGCUAGCUACUUGCAUGAUAAGGACCAUUCAAGCUAGCUACCAUUGCAAAAAAGGAGGAGAGGCUAUAUUAAUUGGGACAAAAAAGUAUUUAAAAGACCUAGAUUAUUAUAUAUGUGCUCUAUCUCUAGUACCUUUAAAUUUACUUUUCCUUCACCUCUCCUUUUUCUUUUUUCUUAAUUAUAUAUAUUUUUAGAUUUUUUCUGUUGUUUGUCUUUUUAUUUUUCUUUUUAGUUUGCUUAUGAUUUCAACCUCCACUUGUCACUCUUAGAAAACAGAUCAAUUCAAGAGAAAAACAAGUGCCCAAGUGUUGAUAUAUAUUUAUUAUUUUUGUAA